AUGUCGGCCAACGACACUGCGAUGCGGCGGCCGUUCCGCGAGUGCACCGAGGUGUCACAGCUCUGCCCCGUCGAGAUGACGGUGCUGUCCUACUACCCCAACUUCGGUGCCAACAUCUUCUUCGCCGUCGCCUUUGGCCUCGUCGUGCUCACCUCGGCCACCAUCGGGACGUGGAAGCGCACCUGGACGUUCAUGCUUUUUGUGACGGGCGGUAGCAUUCUUGAGACUGUUGGUUACGUUGGCCGCGUUCUCCUCCACGAGAACCCCUGGAACAAGGACGCUUUCCAGAUGCAAAUCUGCACCAUCAUUCUCGGCCCUACCUUUAUCUGCGCCGGCAUCUACCUCACCCUCAAGCAUGUCUCGGCGAACCUUAACCCGACGCUCACGCGCAUCCGCCCGCGCCUGUACCCCCUCAUCUUCCUCCCCGCCGACCUCACCUGUCUCAUCGUCCAGGCCAUCGGCGGCGGUCUCGCGGCGGCGGCGGGGCAGACGAACAAGAAGCUGCUCAACGGCGGCAACCAGGCCAUCAUUGCGGGCAUCGCGUUGCAGGUCGUCGUGCUGGUGCUGUUCGGCGUCGCCGGCGCGGAUUACUGGAUCAGGGUGAGGAAGUGGGCGCACAGCGGCGACCACAGCACCGGCGACAUUGCUCUGUACCGCUCGCCCAAGUUUAGGAUGUUCGUCUGCGGCGUCGCGGCGGCGUACGCGUGCGUCAUGGUCCGUUGCAUCUACCGUGUUGCCGAGAUGGCAGGCGGCUGGGGCAACCACAUCAUGCAGGACGAGGUCUCGUUCAUGAUCCUUGACGCCGGCCUCGUGCUUAUCUGCGUCACGCUGCUGACCGUCUUCCACCCCGGCGUCUACUUCCCGCCGAUGGCCAGGUCCCGCGCAGCGCAGGUCGGCGAGAAGACGGAUUCGAUGACGACGUCGACGCCGGAGAAUGUCAAGAUCGAGUCGGGGCGUGAGUCGGCAUGA